CUGUUUCUUGUUCAUAGUGCCUCUGUUUGCGAACUAGUCAAACUAAAAAUAGUUUCAUUUGUAGGAAUCUGACUUACCUGUUGACCUCAACUGAUAUUUGUUCCAAAGUAGCAACCAAUUAGUUGGUCUGUGCACUACGCUGCGGUAGGCAUUCAGUGUGCAUUAGUGCAGAUUGUGUACAGUGCUGUAGCUUAUGAGCGACAGGGAGGAACAGCAACCGGACGACCGGAUGUUGCGAUCGACAAGGCGCCCGAUUGCCCACUUUGCAUUAGGUCCAGAGGGUGACAGAUACCUGUUCCGCCAGCGUAGAGAAGGGUUGCAGCAGCAGAGGAGGGCUAGAGCAGCAGAGGCUAGCAGGGCACUUGUGAGUGAGGCCGCAGCUUCGGAAGCCAUGGCCACUUCAGCGCAGCAGACCUCUCAGACCGGUGGUUCAGGGUCUGUCGGGUCAACGGUCGCGCAGACCCAGAGUCAGUCCACUGGCGUAAUGACGAGCCAGCCAUUGGUGUUGACCUCCGACAAGAUCGCCAUACAGGAGGCAGCUCUGAAAAAGGCACAACUACAGCAUGCAUUAGGACAGAUAAAAGUGGAGAAGGAAAGAAUGAUUAGAAGACGAGCUAGGAUGCAGAGUAGAGAAGCGGACGUUAGUGAGUUAGAGGAGAUGGACCUAACGCACGUAACGGAUGAUGUGAGGAUCAUCCGGUCUGUCCUUGCGAAUGUAGUGGAGAUGCAGGACCAGCAAACAACCAUCCUUCACGACAUCCAACAGAGUCCGGCCAUGUUGGUUGGGCGAGCGCCAGCAACGUCGCCAAUGUCCGGGCCGGGUGCCUGGCCCGUUGUACAUCCUCCUCCUUAUGUCCCACCGGUGCCUGGGGUAUCCCCAUAUGUAGCCCCAUCAUCGGUCGCGAUCGUUUCCCUGGGCAUGCCGCUUUCAGGAGGGCCAAAUCAGGAGGAGGGUAUGUACUUAGUUUAUGUCUCUACUGCAGGCGAGCCGGUGAAAAUGCCGCCCGAGAUAGAGGGAGUAGUUGCUAAGUACCCUGAUCUAUUUGAAGAGCCGACAGGGGUUGUAGAGAGGGAGGUCGUCCACGCGAUAGAGAUUAUCCUAGGGUCUAGCAUCCCAAAGGGUAGGAUCUAUCGGAUGUCUCCAGGCGAGCUCGAUGAGCUUCGCCGACAGCUCAAGGAACUCAUAGAGAAGGGGUUGAUCCGACCGAGUGUCUCUCCUUAUGGAUCUCCAGUACUAUUCGCACCUAAGAUGGAGGGCACACUUAGGAUGUGCAUUGACUAUAGGGGCCUCAAUGCCAUCACUGUAAAGAACAGAGAGCCCCUACCGCGCAUCGAUGAUCUGUUAGAUAGAGUGCAAGGGUGUCGGUACUUCAGUAAGAUAGAUCUGGAGUCCGAGUACCAUCACAUUGCAAUCCGGCCCGAGGAUCAGCACAAAACCGCUUUUCAGACCACGUACGGUCUGUACGAGUUUGUGGUGAUGCCUUUCGGCCUUUGCAAUGCUCCUGGCACCUUUCAGCACGCUAUGAGUCGGAUAUUCCAUGACUACUUGGAUAUGUUUGUCAUCGUGUACCUCGAUGACAUACUUAUUUUUAGUAAGACUAUCGAGGAGCAUGUUGCACAUUUGGACAAAGUCCUCAGUCUCCUGCGGCAGCACAAGUUCAAGAUCAACGGUGAGAAGUGUGAGUUUGGCCGCACCCGUGUCUUGUACUUGGGUCAUGAGAUUUCCUCUGAAGGGUUGAAGCCCGAUGACGUGAAGGUGGCCAGCAUUCGUGACUCGCCGCAUCCUCAGUCUAUGACUGAGAUGAGAUCUUUCUUAGGGAUGACUGACUACUAUCGCAACUUCGUGAAGAACUAUAGCAUAGUUGCCGCCCCCUUGACUGAUCUGACCGGCCUUGACACCCCAUGGGAGUGGACUGAGAGAUGCAAGGCUGCUUUCAGACAUUUGAAGCAUGCGUUGACGCAUUACGAAGUCUUGAAACUUCCUGAUCCUGAUAAGCCAUUUAUAGUAACUAUGGAUGCUAGCCAAUAUGGCAUAGGCGCCAUACUUGCAAAACAGGAGGAGAAAAAGUUGAGGCCCGUAGAGUACAUGUCCAAAAAGAUGCCCUCUCAGAAGUUGGCCAAGUCCACUUAUGAGAAGGAACUCUAUGCAGUGUUCAAGGCUCUAACCCAUUGGAGACACUAUAUCUCCUUGGGAGGUUCUUUAUCCUCAGGACUGAUCAUCAGACCCUGAGAUGGAUGAGAACCCAGUCGGUACUCUAUGACGCUCUCAAGCAUGGCAUCGAAGUCAUAGAGCAGUAUGACUUCG